AAGAAAAAAAAGAAAAAAGGAAAAGUAACUCAAGAAAGGAAAAACGUCCCGGUGGCGGUACACGAUCGGAAGGAGGGAGGGAGGGGAGACCCUAUUUUGCCAUUAACCGGAUCGUUUGAGAUUGUGUGACCGCAGACUGCACCUGAUAAACUGUCGGAUGAAGUUCUGCCGGAACGGACCUGCGCGUAAAAGCAAAAAAAGUUGGAUUUAUUCGACCACAGCCGCGAAGAAGCGCUCGUGAGAUCUUUGGGACGACGUGCAGCGCGCGGCUUGAGAGAUCAACGGAGUUUUAGGAACACUAUUCCGGAGGGUCCUAACUUAUUUUGCGACAACUUCAACUUCGCUAAUAACUCCACGAGAAGCCCCCCCCCCCCCGUUACGUUUCUCUUCUCUGUUGAUCAACAGUUACUUUGAGAGGCGCACUGUGUCCUUUUAACGUCGCGCUGGUGCAUGUUUUCCUCCAACAUGUCACCAAAAGACGCAGUCAUCCUGUCGAUAAAGUAGUUUUACCUUCACAUGAACACCCACAUGUUAAGUUCCGGGCGACACACAAGUUCGCUGCAGCCUCGUUUUGCUGCUUAAUCUGCGGUUCACCUUUGAUUUUUCUUUUUUUUUUGAGCCCGCGUCGGACACCGGGAGGAGAAAGUUGGGACUUGGAAGUGUCCUAAAUGACUGUUACUGGGAUGGAAGACGUCUCACAGCACCACGGUUGCUAUCGCUAGCCUCUCUCGUACAACAAGACAAUUUAACGUGCUUUCAGGGGCGUUCAGCCUCUCCGAAGCGACGUUAAUAUCCCGGUUGUGUGGGUACGAGGAGAGAGAGAGAGAGAGAGAGAGAGAGAGCACAAGCGGCCGCGCUAUUAAAACUGGAUACAAAAUGGCGGCGUCCCUGGGACGAUUUGGAUAUGUUUCUCCUUGUGUGUUUUAUUUAAUUCUGUCGGUCCAACUGCUCAUCAGUCGUGGGUCGAGUUCAGAUCUACCGUGUGCCCAGAACUGUACCUGCGACGGAGACUCCGUGGACUGUAGUAACCUGGAGCUGACGGCUACGCCUCUGGACCUUCCAGUCCGGACUGUCUCCUUAAACCUUGGCCACAACAAGCUGACCUCCAUCAACGCUGAAGCUUUUGACUCCCUUCCCAACUUGAGAGAGCUGCGGCUGGACCACAAUGAGCUGACCUCCAUACCAGAUUUAGGACAGGCCGCUUCCAAGAUUGUAUCUCUCUACCUACAUCAUAAUAGGAUCCGCAGUAUAGACGGCCGGCGAACCAGAGAGCUAUCUUCAGUGGAAACCCUGGACCUGAGCAACAAUGACCUCACUGAGCUCCGAGGGCACUGCUUUCCUGCAGGCCUCCAAAUCAAAGACCUGUACCUGAGCAACAACAAGAUCAGCGCGCUGGAGCUCGGAGCUCUGGACCAUCUCGGCUCGACUCUGCAGCUCCUGAGACUGAGCCGAAACCGCAUCAGCCAGAUCCCCGUGAAAGCCUUCCAGCUCCCGAGGCUCACCCAGCUUGAGCUGAACAGGAACCGUAUUCGUCAGGUGGAGGGUCUGACCUUUCAGGGUCUGUCCAGCCUGGAGGUGCUCAAGCUGCAAAGGAACAGCAUCACCAAACUGACUGACGGGGCCUUCUGGGACCUGGCCAAGAUGAAAGUCCUUCACCUGGACUACAACAGCCUGUCAGAGGUGAACAGUGGCUCCCUGUACGGCCUGACCUCCCUCCAGCAGCUAUUCCUCAGUAACAACUACAUAGUCCGCAUCUACCCUGACGGAUGGAAGUUCUGCCAGAAGCUGAGGGAGCUGAAUCUGUCGUACAACAACUUGACUCGUCUGGAUGAAGGCAGUCUGGCUGUGCUGGGGGAACUCCACUCUCUCCGUCUGGGCCACAACUCCAUCAGCCACAUCACCGAGGGAGCCUUCAGAGGCCUGAAGGCCAUACGCGUCCUGGAGCUGGACCAUAAUGACAUCUCGGGCACAAUAGAGGACACCAACGGGGCCUUCUCUGGAUUGGACAGCCUCAACAAGCUAACUCUGUUUGGAAACAAGAUCAAGUCGGUGGCCAAGAAAGCCUUCUCUGGCCUGGAAACCCUGGAACACCUGGUCCUGGGAGAGAAUGCCAUUCGUUCCAUCCAGUCUGAUGCCUUCAGCAAAAUGAAGAACCUCAAAACCCUUGACAUUCAGAGCGACAGCUUCCUGUGUGACUGCCAGCUGCAAUGGCUGCCCGACUGGUUGGCGACGCGUGGUCUGCAGGCCGGGGUCAAUGCCACCUGUGCCCACCCGGAGAGCCUUAAGGGCACGAGCAUCUUCCAGGCUCCGUCCAACAGCUUUGUGUGUGACGACCUUCCGAAGCCCCAGAUCACCGUGCAGCCGGAAACGUCUGUGACGGUCCUCGGCAGCGACGUGCGUCUCACCUGUACGGCCGCGAGCAGCAGCAGCUCCCCGAUGAGCUUUGCGUGGCGCAAGGACCAGGAGCUGCUUCGCCACGCGGAGACGGAGAACUAUGCCCACGUGCGCGCUCACCACCAGGGCGCCACGUCCGACGUGCCGGGCGCAGCUGGAGGUGUGAUGGAGUACACCACCAUCCUGCACCUGCGGCACGUCACCUUCGCCCACGAGGGCCGAUACCAGUGCAUCAUCACCAACCACUUCGGCUCCACCUACUCCAGCAAGGCCCGCCUCAUCGUCAACGUUCUCCCAUCCUUCGUGAAGACUCCCCGGGACAGCACCAUCCGGACGGGCCACACAGCGAGGCUGGAGUGUGCCGCGGAGGGCCACCCGGCGCCGCAGAUCGCCUGGCAGAAGGACGGUGGCACGGACUUCCCCGCCGCCCGGGAGCGCCGGAUGCACGUCAUGCCCGACGACGACGUGUUCUUCAUCAUGGACGUCAAGCCGGAGGACAUGGGCGUGUACAGCUGCACCGCCAAAAACACGGCGGGCACCGUGUCCGCCAACGCCAGCCUCACCGUGCUGGAAACGCCACACCUGGCCCAGGACCUGGAGGACCGCAGCGUGGUGGUUGGCGACACGGUGGCCCUGCAGUGCAAGGCCCUGGGCAGCCCGCCGCCCCGCAUCACCUGGCUGCGCAACGACCAGCCGCUGCGCCCCUCCGACAGACACCACUUCACGCCGGGGAACCAGCUGCUCGUCAUCGGCUCCGCCUCGCUGGAGGACGCCGGCCGCUACACCUGCCUCAUGUCCAACACCCUGGGCACGGAGCGCGCUCACAGCCAGCUGGUGGUGAACCAGCGCCGCGGCCCCUGCCAACCGGCAGCGGGGCCCAGCUCGGUCACCAUAGGGAUCGUGGUCAUCACCGUUGUGACGAGCAUCGUGGUGACGUCGCUGGUGUGGGUUUGCAUCAUCUACCAGACCAGGAAGAAGAGCGAGGAGUGCAGCGUCACCAACACAGAUGAGACGACAGUUCCUCCAGACGUACCCAGCUACCUCUCCUCCCAGGGCACGCUGUCCGAGCGGCAGGAUGUGUGCAUCCGAGUGGAGGCCGGCGGUGGACCUCAGCCCAACGGACACAUUGUGGACCCCACAGGUUUCGACGGCGCAGUAGCGUGCACAGAUUGCAUGGAGAGCGGCAGCAGCUACUCCAAAGAUUCCGACUACCUGACGCACGGGUUCGGCCCACCCGGAGGCUCGGAGUACCAACAGUACUCCGUCCCCCCGCCUUACUCUCACUGUUAUCCAGGGGAGCUGCACGACGCAGGGCCACACUCGGGCCCGCUCUGCAACGGGACACCCAACGGGAUCCGGAAGGACAUUCAAGGAUCCACGUUUCCAAAAAACCACAAUACGUUACAGCUGAACCAACAGGAUAAAAAAGUGAGCAGAGCGGGACAGACGCCGGCGUGCGCCCCGUCGCUGGAGGACUCCUUCCACAAGCCGGUGAAACUGCCCGGCGUGACGAGCCGCGGCGGCGUUCUCGACAGUGACUGCGAGUCUGAGCUCAGGCAGACUCUGCUGUCCAACGGACACACCCUCAGAGUCUCUCAGAAUGACAGCGCCCCCCUAAGGAGAACCAGCGACUAGCAGGCGCUCCAUCCAGCCCGAAAAGCUGACUCGCAGUAGCCGAGAGGGCUUUUCAUUUUUUUUUUGCACUGGGAAAUAAACUGCUACCUCAUAUCGAGGCGUAUUUGAUCCUGAGCCCUCCUGGAUCUGGACUGAAAAGGGAGCACCAGGAGAGUGAAGAGCGAGGGGGGCAUCCGGAGUUUUGAAGGCGGAGCUUGUGUGGGUGGCGUCCCAUCUGAGCGUAUCAGCUGUACAUAGUUUAAAAACCUUCCUUUUUGGGAGGUGACCAAUAAAAAGUCUAGCUCCAAAAAAAUGUGACUUGCAUUUGAAGCAUGUAAAUGUAGGGAAUCUUGUACAGUGUAUGUUUGUGCAAGGGGGGGGGGGGGGAAAUAUGCCUUUGGACAUUUGACUGUACAUAAGAGUUUUCUUAUAUUAUAUAUUAUAUAACUUUUACAAAAGAGUAUUUGAAUUUAUGUGCAUGACAAAGAAAGGAGUGAUGGUAUUUUUAUUUUUCUUCAAAAACAACACAAACAGCCUUUUUCAGCUUCUACCAACAUUCAGCUGCGGUGCCUUAAUGCAUGAUCAAAGAAAACCCAACUUGUAAUAGCAUAUAUCAAGAGAGAUACUGGUACGCUCUUUAUCGCAAACAAAACAAACACUUGAUUGCACUUGAAUGUUUUUUUUUUUCUGUUUUGGACAAACGCUGCCGACCAUGGCCUUACAGAAACACAGUUCACAUCCAUUGUUAUCGUAUGAAGGAAGAGCUUUGAUGUCAAUUUAUUUUUGGUACGUCAGGUGGUUCAUGCCGGGAUAUUUGUGGGCCGUCAGGUUAAAGCACUUUUUUUUUGUAUUCCCGUCAUAAACGAGUAGAUUGUUAUCGGCCGACCGGAAAGUAAAACCUGUGAGGAGACAUUCUUAUUUUGUCGCGGUGAAAGUCGACAGUACAUACCGUUCCAUUGAGGCUCUUCCACCUGUUUCACAAUACUACUAAGUAACCGAGAAGCUGCUCUGAGAAAACAUUCGUCUCUGACUCUUGAUUAGUGUCUCAGAAAGUGACUUUUGCACCCAAACUUAGGCUGACGGCCUGUUUUGUUGUUGUUACUGCUGUAAUGUGCCUCAACAUCCACCGUCGUGCAUUCACAGGUGAGCGGCGGGGGUGCUCUGCCUCUGUCGCAUCACCGCAAUGGGACAAUAACUUUCUCAUCGUCGCUACAGUCCGAUAACGUUGGCGGUAGCUAAAGGUUUAUGCUGUGAACAGUUGGGAAAAGCUUGUGAAAUGUGCUCUAACCAAACUUGGGAGGUUAAACGCAGGACUGUCACAGUCCCUGGACACACUGGGUCAGAACUCAGUCAAAAGUAUAGUUACAUUGCCUAAUGCAUGCAUGCAUUUUCUCCAGCGUGCCACUCGUCUGAACUGUGGUCCGUUACCAGUGGCCUUAUCGAGGUAAACCGGAGGACACGCUCCUCUGGUUACACCUGACAGCACCUAUCAAGAGAUGGUCAGAGAUCACUGCUGGGAAAACCAAUCCCAGUGGAGCAGGUGAAAGGGACAAGAGAGAGAGAGCGAGAGGUGCAGUUCGCGUUCUGAGUAAUUUAUUGAAAACCGUUGUACCAAUGUCAAAGCUGAAACCGUGAAGUGUCUAACAUGGCAUUGAAGUGUCUAAUAAAAAAAAAUCACAUUUUGCUAUUA